CAAUUGUCAUUCAAUUGAAUGAGUAAUUAAUGUUUUGAUUGCAUUUCAAACACAAAUGUAUAUCAAAAAAAUCACAAUCAGUGGGUUUCGGUCGUAUCGCGAGACCAAUACCAUCUCAGGUCUCUCUGCGCGCCAUAACGUGAUAAUCGGUGGCAACGGUUGCGGCAAAAGCAAUGUCUUGAAUGCCAUCCAAUUUGUCUUAAGCGACGAAUUCAAUGGUCUGAACGCCAAUCAGAGGCAACAACUCAUUAACGAAAGCCAUUCGCAACGACUUCUUCUGGCGUUUGUCGAGAUUGUGGUCGACAACAGCGACCGACGCAUACCAUUGGACGUCAACGACAUCGCCUUCAGGCGCCAGAUUGGGCUCAAGAAAGACCAGUACUUCAUGAACAACAAGAUUGUCACGCAUUCAGACAUCGUUAAUAUGCUGGAGACCGCCGGCUUCAGCCGAUCCAACCCUUACUAUAUCAUCAAACAAGGCAAAGUGAACGAAAUGGCGACCGCGUCGGACGAGUACCGGCUUCAGGUGAUGCGAGAGGUGGCCGGCACUCGCAUAUACGACACCCGUAAGUGCGAAGCCGUCAAACUGUUGGCCGAAGCGGCCCAACGCGUGGAUCAGAUGGACGACUGUCUGAAUUCGUUGGACGAGAGGUUGACGUCACUGCAGACCGAAAGCAACGAUUUGGAGAAAUGGCUGAAAUGGGAUAAACGCCGGCGUCUUCUCGAGUAUAUCAUCGCCAAUAAGGAGUCGGAAGUGAGUAAAAACGAGAUCUUAAAACUCGAACGAAGACAAGAGAAUGAGAAUCAGGUGUUGGAAGAGAAGAGGAAACGUCUGGAGGACUUCCAGCAGAAGUGCAAAGUGUGCGACAAGAAGUUGAAGUUGAUAUGCGGUAUACUCGACGAUCACCGCAAAGAUUUGAAGCAAAUCACUAAACAGAUGAACGAAUUGGACGAACAGAAGGCCAGAAUUGAGUCCAAAAUCAAUGAUUUUAAAGAGAGUCUCGAUUAUAACAAAGAGAGCGAAUUGAACGCCAAACAAGAGCUGUUGGAAGUGAGGAAUGAGAUCGACAAGAAGAAGAAGCGAUUGGUUUUUGUGACCGCAAAGUACGACAAUUUGCGCAAAAAGGAAAACGAUUUGGUCUGCAAACUGAAGGCCAAACAGAGCCGCAAAGUGGAGAUCUAUUCCAAACAGAAGCGAAAGGAGAACUUCCGCACCGUUGAGGACAGGGAUAAGUGGAUUCAAUCGGAAUUGACUGCUCUUAAGGGACAAAUCGAGACAAACACUCGACGAGUGAAGGUUUUGAAGGACGAAGAGUACGAGACGACCGCCCAAAUUGAUCAGUUGUCGGAACAGCAAAAGUCAUUCGGAACCAAAGAAAAAAAUCUAUUUAUAAGCCUUCAAAGCGAAAGACAAGAGUUGUGCGAAAGCAGUAAAUUAGGCAAACAAUUGGAAUCAAAGCGACGCGAAUUCUGGGAAUUGGACAACGAAUUGAAGGCAAAAGAGUUUAAACACAACGAAGACAAGCAGAAGAUUGAGUCAAAGCUGAAGAGAAUGUCGGGCUCUUCGGCGACAGUCGGCAGAGAAAGUGUGGCCCAAGUGUUGAAGUCAUUCGAAGAGAGGGCCGACAGAUCGGACGCCGCAGAAGCACAGCUCCGGCCUAUUAUUGACGGCUAUUUGGGUCAAGUGAUCGACUGUUUCUCAUUCGACCCGAAUCUCAACAAAGUGGUCGAAGUGACCACAAAAAGCAAACUCUUCUAUCACAUCAUCGAAAACGACAAAAUCGGCACAAAAAUCAUCGCCGAAGUGAAUGAGCGACAACUUCCGGGAGACAUCUGUUUCAUUGCCAUUAAUAAACUCCAAUUGAAACCAAUCAAAUACCCGCAGUUUCAGAACGACGCCCGACCGCUCACUAGUCUAUUGAAGUUUGACCAGAAGUACGAGAAAGUGAUGAAAUUCCUAUUCGACCGAACACUGGUGUGCCGUACGCUCGAGUUGGCCACCACUUUCUCGCGCAGCGCUAAACUCGAUUGCGUGACAAUUGACGGCGAUUUCAUCUCAUCUAAGGGAUACAUGACUGGCGGCUACUAUGGAGUGGACACUCGGGUCGAAAAUUUUCUCAAAUGGAAGUCUAUUUUGUCCCGAAUCGAUGCCAUUCGGCAAGAAAUGGUCCAAUGUUUGGGCCGACGGGAGGACAACGAGAAGCAAUUGAUUCUCAACUCGAAUUUGAUGACCGAAUUGGACAUAAAGCACAACAACACGAAGCGUGAGUUCGACAAUCUGAAGAACUCAAAGGACAAAAUGCAUCAACAGUUGGUGGCGUUGAGGACCAAACAGGAGUCCAUUGCCCGCAGUAUAGCGUCACUGGAGUCCACUCUGCCGUCGAUGAGAGCCAACAAAGAGUCGUUUGAGAGCGAACUCGAGUUCAAGACAUUGGACUCGCAGUUGACCAGCGAUGAAGAGCGGGAGUUAUCGACCAUUUUGAAGGAAAUUGAGAGCCUAUCGGCGAAGCACUCGGACCUCUGCGAGCGGCGGAAUAUAUACGCCGACGAGAAGUCGUCACUGGAGUCCGAAUUGGAUAAGAAUUUGGUUCAGAGGAAGAAUGAAUUGGAGAUGACUUUAAUCGACGCCCGCAUUAUGGAGAGCGAGACACUCGUCGAGAACGAGUCCUUCGACUUGGAAUUGAUUGACAAACGGAUCGCUUCUUUCCGGCAACUGUUGGAGGAAAAGGACGCGAAGAUCGAUGAGUUGGUCAAACAGCAGACCGACCAGAAGGAGCUGUUGGACAAACUCAGGGCUGCCGAAGACAAACAGAUGGAUAUCAUUAACCUGUCACAGUAG